GCUGUCAACAAAACAAUUACCUCAUAUCUUUCUCAAUCUUCAAGACAACAAUUCGCAUAAACAUACUUGCAUAUAUUAAUUAAUCGAUAACACGUAAUUCUCUUUAUAAAUAGAUCAUCCAGUGUUUAAUAAACGUUUCCAUUUAAACUUUAACCUUGCAUACAAAAAUAAGUGAUUAGUAUCUAUUAAUUAGUGAGUGACGAGCAAUAUUAGAAAUUAAUAAUUUUAGACAUUGGCGGUAAAUUUGAAAUUCUUGUUCAAAUAAUAGAUUUCGUCGUGAACACAUGAUAAUAUUAUUGAAACAAAUUUUCAUCUAGUAAGAAAGGUCGGCACUGCGCAAACGCCUAAAAUUACGCGCUGGAAGAGUCAACGUGCGUACAAUUCUUCUUUCCUUGUUGAUAAACACUAAGAACAAUAAACCGAUAGUGGUGUUCGACGAUCGACUGCAUUAUUCAUCGUCGAUCUUAAGUAGUAAAGAGAAUAUUUAUAAUAGUGGCGUCAAUUAAAAGAACGACAAAACGACGGCGUGUCAAGGAAAAGGCGACGUCGAGCGUGACGUUGAGGUUAUGGAUAAUUUCGUGAAAAUCGAAAAAAUAGGGGAAGGGACGUAUGGGGUGGUAUAUAAAGCGAAGGAUAAGCUGACCGGCAAAUUGGUGGCGCUCAAGAAGAUUCGCUUGGAGACGGAAAGCGAAGGGGUGCCAUCAACUGCUAUAAGAGAAAUUUCGCUCUUGAGGGAACUUGCGCAUCCAAACAUUGUGCAGUUGUUUGAUGUUGUCGAUGGUGAUAAACAUUUAUAUCUUGUGUUUGAGUUUCUCCAACAGGAUCUUAAGAAAUUAUUAGAUUCUGUUAAAAGUGGUUUGGAUCAAGCGCUUGUUAAGAGUUACCUCUAUCAGUUACUAAAGGGGAUUUCCUUUUGUCAUUUAAAUCGUAUAUUGCACAGAGACUUAAAACCUCAAAAUCUGUUAAUUGAUCGCGAAGGAUACAUUAAAUUAGCCGACUUUGGUUUAGCUAGAACUUUUUUGAUUCCUGUGAGAACUUACACGCAUGAAGUAGUGACACUCUGGUACCGUGCACCGGAGAUACUCUUAGGAACUAAAUUAUAUUCGAGUGCUGUGGAUAUAUGGAGCCUUGGCUGUAUUUUUGCAGAAAUGGUUUGUAAGCUCAUGGGAUUAAUAAUAAACAGUACAAUACAGGAAUGUAAUUCUUUGCGUGUUUUAAUUGUUAUCUUCUUUCGUUUUGAUUCUUUUCUUUUCUUCUUCCGUUUGUUUUCAUUUUGUUUCUUACAGGCUACAAGAAGAGCGCUCUUCCCAGGUGAUUCCGAGAUAGAUCAAUUGUUUAAAAUAUUUCAUUUGCUUGGAACACCAGAUGAAAGUAUCUGGCCAGGUGUAACACAGCUUCGUGAUUACAAAUCAAUGUUUCCAAGAUGGGAGCCGACUGAUUUGGAUGAAGCUGUACCUACUUUAGAUGCAGAAGCCAAAGAUUUACUCAUGAAACUCUUGAUAUAUGAUCCUAACGAAAGGAUAACAGCUAGGAAAGGUUUGAAUCAUUCGUAUUUUUCUGAUGUUAAAUUAGUACCACCGCCUUUGCCAAAGAAAAAGUGACAUAGAUUUACGAUACUACAACCAACAGGAUAUCAUAUUUUCAUUUUAGGAUAUAUCAUAACGUUUAAAAUAAGAUUUAAGUUACAAUAUCCUAGAGAUGUUUUAUUAAGGAGACGGUGUAAUUUUGAUAUACGACAAAGUGUUCAUUUAAAUAUAUAUUUGAUA